GACUGAAAAACACAAGAAACAGCUCAGACAGAAAUGUUGCACACUGUGCGGUUGCUCUUAUAUUUGACAACACAAACUGACUAAUGAAUAAAUGUAUAAAUUUGUUACGUUUUAUUAGGUUUCCACAAUGUUUUGUUGUCUCAAAAACUGUUUAAACGGUGUACUUGCCCCGCAAACCGUGCAAGUGAGGCGGGAACAUGAGCCGAUACAGUUGGAUACGUCACAUAUGGGUCACGAAGUUGUUGUUAUUAAAGGAGGUCAACGAGCGUGUGGAUCUGGUGGCGUAAUUACAAACAUACCACUGCUACAGUCUAAAUCUUAUUUCGAAGUGAAGCUGCAGCAGAGUGGAAUCUGGUCGGUUGGCUUGGCCACACAACAAACUGAUCUGAAUCAGUCCAAAGGUGGAUAUGACAGAGAAUCGUGGUGCCUAACUUCGGACAAUGCCCUUUAUCAUAAUGCAAAACCAAUACACAAACUGGAGAAAAAAUCCGAGGAACCCGGUAUCAUUGAAACAGGUUCUGUAAUCCUCUCGAAAAAGGAUGCGGCCGUUAGUACUGGUCUGGUAAACAAUACCGGCAUUCCCCAAGAAGGCGAUACCAUCGGAGUUGCUUUCGACCAUGUGGAGCUCAAUUUCUACUUAAAUGGAACGAAUUUGAAUAUUCCGGUGCUGAACAUCCGCGGAACAGUGUUCCCUUGCCUGUUUGUAGAUGAUGGAGCAAUUCUAGACAUCGUCCUCGAUAACUUUAGCUUCAGUCCUCCUCCAGGCUUUGAACGAAUUUUGGUAGAGCAGUCGCUUCUAUGAUCAAAUGUGUGGUACAAUUAUGAAUGUAAUACAUAUUAUUUAUGAAUAGUAUUAAGAUAAAACUAACGCCGUUAAAAAAUAUGAGUGUAUUUAUUCUCAAUAAUAAUUAAUGUUAUAUUACAUUAAUCGACUGCAAUGUUCAAUGGAAAAUUUGUUUCUUGCUGCAUUUGUAACAAUUAAUCCGUAAUAUUUAAAUUUGGAAUUGCACUGAAGUGAACGUCAUGAAUAGGGUAAACCAACCUAUAAAAAAGGUACUCUUGGAAGCCUCUACCAAAAUUUAAUACAAUAGACAAUCGUGUUGUUAUUAUGUUGUUACUUCCGCUAAUUGAUCCGUUAUUACCAUAUAACAAUCUAUCAAAUUAAUAUUGUCAACGUCCGCCAUUUCAAUAUGAUUAUCGUGGACCAAGAGAAGAUAUAUUUUGCUAAAAAUAUUGUAAAAUGUCGCAUUGUAAUUCCAACAUUCCAUUCAUUACCACUCUUUAACACGCGGUCCGUCUCUUUCGAUAUUCUCUGAUAUCCCGAAACAAAAAAAUAAGCGAAAUAUGGAAUGUGAUUGGUACUAAGAACAAAUAAAUAUUGGUAAGGAAACUGUAUUCUAUUAAUAUUUGUAAAGCCGAAGAAUCCUUUUAUCCGUGACCGGAAUA